AUGUGUCUUCUGUGCAAAAUUGAUGCCCAGUUGUUCCUCGGUGAUCUGAACAGCCUCAAGUUGGAUUUCAAGGGCGUCUCGUCGUGCUUGGGGGCUCUGGGAUCGUCCCCUGCCCCCUCGGCGGUACCUACCUCUUCCGCGGAAGAUCUUCAGCACCAACAAUUCAACAUAUUUCCGGCGAUCUUCAGCAGACAGUUGAACUUCAACGCGUGUCCGCAGUCCAAAGCCAUGAUGGACGAACUGCGACCGAAUUUGGUGGGAGUUAGCAACCUGCUUGGAGUUGGGGGGCUCUUGGAGGACCACCAUGGGCACCUGGGAGGUAAUGGAGUGGAUAAGAGCAAUGCGAGGAAGUGCAAUAAUGCCAGUGGGUCUUCAGCUGAGGAUUUCAGUGCAAUCUACGGGGGACUGCAGCAUGGGCACGAUCAUCACGGACACACGCCUGCACAUACGCCUCCGUCGAAUAGAACCAUCACCGAUCACACAGACGGCGCAUUCAAAAAGCUGAAGCCCGAACCCCAAACAGGCGGAACUGCUCCAGUGACAGGUACCACCGCCCCCACCGGUCUCGGGGGCGGCUCGCCCGUGUCAGGUACCCCUGGAGGCGGGGGUCCAGGCGGACCCCAACAUGCCGGUCAUACACCCACCACUGCAUCCUGCCCCACCCCUGCGCGGAGGCGACACCGUACCACCUUCACGCAGGAGCAGCUAGCCGAAUUAGAGGCGGCAUUUGCGAAGAGUCACUAUCCGGAUAUCUAUUGCAGGGAGGAACUGGCGAGGAGUACUAAGUUGAACGAAGCUAGGAUACAGCGAUGCGACGGCAGCGUCGGUAGGCGUCGAUGUCUGCGACGCAUGAAUUUUAAUUUGAAUAGUUCAUCCAUAGCAGAGUCGAACCAAGGGGUGAAUUUGGAGUUGCCCGAGUCAAGUAUUUCUCAGAACAAUCUGACUUUACAGAAAUUACAAUUCAAUAACAAAGAAGUAACACCCACCGCUCCUCCUGCUGAUGUCUCUGAAUCUGAAGACGACUUGGCUCUCGCCAAUCUGGAGUCAAAUUCACCAGCACCUGUAGCAGCACUGUCACUUCAAGACGAACUCGAGCUGACUUUGACGAAUUUGAAGUCUAUUGGAAAACCCCAAGUUAGAUCUGGCCAUAAUAAUUAA